AUGAAUGGUUCAGUCGUUCGUUGUGUUUCCGAUAAUUACUGGAAGCUUCGAGUGCCAAAACACCUGGCUGAGCUACCUCGCUUGAAGGGCUUGAUCCAAGAUAUUAUGGCCGAGCCUUGUUUGAAGCUUGACCUGUUGCCUUCGCAAUCACUAGCGAGCAAAAUACUUGAACGUGCGAACCUCGUGAUCCGGGGCCUGGCUUCCAGCUCCUACUUUAAGAUCGGCUUGACAAGCAAUCCUGUUCAUAGAUGGAGCAACGAUGGCUAUGGCUACUUGCACAGCUCCAACCCUUCCUGGAAUGAAAUGAGAAUUGUUGGUAUUCUUGCCUCUGGAGAAGCUGCUGGGUUUCUAGAAGCAGCCCUGAUUGACCGAUGGCAACGGGACAAUCGCUGCACAAAUUCUGCUAGUGGCGGCGAAGGCAUUUCGACUCAGGAAGGCUACCUUUCUCCGACUCCCGGUCCUCCUCGGCGACGAGCAGCCGAGACAGCGAAGCAGGAGGAAGCCUCGCCGAAGACUCCGAAGCAGACCCUCCUUAAGUUGAAACCAAUGGACCCCGACGAAGGCGACGACAAGGACGACCAGGCCGACAAGCCCAAGCCCAAGAGAGCCAAGAAAUCCAGCGACGCCCAGAAGAAGGAGAACGCCGACGCCGAGAAAAAGAAGAAGGAGAAGAACCCCAACGACACCGACGCCGAGAAGAAGGAGAAGAAGCCCGACGAUGCCGACGCCGAGAAGAAGGAGAAGAAGCCCGACGAUGCCGUCGCCGAGAAGAAGGAGAAGAAGCCCGACGAUGCCGAGAAGAAGAAGGAGAAGAAGCCCGACGACGCCGACGCCGAGAAGAAGGAGAAGAAGCACCACGACGCCGACGAGAAGAAGGAGAAGAAGCCCGACGAUUGCCACAAGAAGAAGGAGAAGAAGCCCGACGACGCCGACGCCGAGCAUGACGAGAAGAUGCCCGACGAUGCCGACAAGUCCAAGGAGGCUGCUGGCGAUAUCAAAUGGAAUCCGGAGCUGGGGAAGGCCUGCUGGCAAAAAAAAGAAGGGGUUAUCAUUUCAUCCGUUCCUUUCGUCGACAAGGAUGAUGAGGUUAAGGUCUCGUUCGGUGGCUUGUUAUGGAGUGUUCCUCAUCUCGUACCCAGUGAUCUCGAUUCCUCUAUGCCACCAAAGAAUCCCAUGCAAACCCAAACCAAAGUGAAGGCCGUGCCGAAAGCCAAACAACUGAAACCCGUGGACGAUUAUAUCUACCCGAUCAUCCGCUGCAAGUACUGCACACAAGGCUCCAAGAACCCCUUGAUCAAGAUCGAGGUACGAGAAGAUCGCCACAAUCUGCGGUCCAAGUGGGUGCAGAAGCUGCAGCUGGUUGUGAAGGACAACCUCAGUGUCCAAAAGGCAAUGCACAUUGCCAAGAGCUUCGCCGAUUCCUACGUGUACAUGAACCUCAAUCCCGGCUUCUGGGAUGACUGUGUGCACGUUGCUCAGAUGUUUUAA